GAUAUUCCAAGUUUCCACUGGCUGGUCUGAUAGAAAUAGAGAACCAUCUGCCCGGGAAAAAAGGAUUGCACCUGGCUUAUUAGGGUGUCGCAGAUUAGCGACCAAUAGGUAGGUAGAAAUCCGCGAAUUACAAGGAUACAAGGAUACCUGUGACUAGCUAGGACAUCAGUUUCAUUCCGAAUCUAGAACCAUGAAGUACCGCAUGUUGAACAAACGCAAGCAGGCAUCGCCUUCCCCGGUGAGGGAGUCCGACCAGGAGGUGGAGAAGCAACCACCACCACCCCAGCAGCAGCCACAGCAACCCACCCACAGUGCCCUGGAGUUCGAGGCAGCCGCUGCUCUCCUGAUGCUACGCUACCAGUACGAUCGCCAGAUCUGCAAUCGCAUCAUGUCCUACACCGAGACCCGAUCUCCAACACCACCGCCCGCUGUGGCCGACAAUACUACGCCCAAGGAUCAGGCUAUACGUCCUCCGGUGGCCACUCAACCGCUGAAGAAGCGCUCCAUACCAUCACAUCUGCUCCGACGAUCACUGACCCCGGCCAAGUCCCUGAAUUCGGUGGCCAGUACCUCGAUAGUGAAGGCCAAGACCAGGACUCCGGUGCCCGGAGCUGAGCGCAGCAACAACAAGGCACUGCUGAAGUCCUGCCGGAAUAUGAUACGCGAGUUUUUGGACAACGCCGAUCUUAUUUAAUUUUACUACAAAAAUUUUCAUCAAAAAAAUCAUAUAUUUUUAAUCCCAGUUUUUUAGAAAACACCGCUGAAAUGAGAAGCCCACGAUAUAAUCAAGAAAAUUGUACAACAGAAUUGUGAUCAGAAAACAGAAAACUUUUAAAUCAAAAAAAAAAAAAUAAUAACAAAAAAUAAUAAUGAUUGGAUUUCAUUUUUCAAUUUAUUUAUUGCAUAUAAAUUUGUUUCGUUUAUUCUUUUUUUUUUUAUACAUAUAUAAAUUAUGUAUUGAUCGAAAUUUAAAGUUUUCAAUGGAAGAACAGGUAUUGUGGCGACACUAUAGUGCUAAUUAUUAGCUAUUGGCGGUGUUUAAACUUAAGGCAUACGAAAAAACAAAUAGAAAAUUAAUUUUUUUAGCAUAGAUCCUACACAAUAAUUAAUAAUUACAGUUUGUUGCACUACAAUCUAUGAACUUAUGAACGUGCAUUGAUGAUAUCGCUCCUUGGCAUUACUUCAUUCCGAUUAAUGUUAAUUAAUAAAGUGCUUCAAAAAAUGUACAUUUUCUAUUGUUUUCAUAUUUUUUUUUUGUUUUUUUAGCAAUUGUGAAGGGGUGCUGGGUGGUUGGUGGCUGGGUGGUUGGUUGGUAAGAUCGUAAGCGUUUUAAAAACUAAAAUUGUUAAUUCUUAAAUGAACACCUUCUGCGCUGGGCUGUCCUUUCAAAUAGCAGCCACUUAAACUAACAUACAAAUAAUAAUAAUGAUAAUAAUAAUGAUAAUAAUAAUAAUAAUAAUAAUAGAAAACUAAUGUGUAUACAUAUAUAUAUGCUUGUGUUAUCAUAAGCUUUUAAAAAAUGGAAGCCAAUAAUGUUCUUAAUGUGUUCUCUUGCUGACAUUUCUUCUUUUUUUUUUUGUUUUGUUUUUUUCUACGGCUAGGGGUCUCAAUUGAAAUUGAAUUUUGAAAGCUCUCUUUUUUUCGGCCUGAUCCAUUUUUAUUUAAAUACGAUACUGUUGCAGUUCCGUUACUUUUCUAGGGAUCACCUCGUGAGGCCAAAUG